AUGGAUUCUGUCUUCCGAACAGUGUCCGAAGCAUGGCGAGACCGUCAUCUCUUCUUCGCUGAAAACCACCAGGCGACGUACCAACCCCUCGCUAGACCCGAGGAACUCGAGCUUCCCUCGGGCUCGAACUCAGAAUACGACGCCGAAACGGCUACACUCGAAACCUCGACCGCCCUGAAAGAAGGAUAUGCCAGUCCGCGAAGCAGCCCCGCGUGGCUCUCGGAGCUGCUGCCGCGCUCAGAACGGCUGUCGAAGCUCCUCUGCGCGAUACUGGUCAUCCUGACACCGAGCUGGCUCACCCGAAGUGAUGGAAAAGUCAAAAAGUUACACCCCACGGCAUGGCUAGACGGACUUCGAGGCGUCGCUUCUCUCCUGGUAGUCUUUCAUCACUCUUCAGCCCUCUGGUACAUGCCUCUCAACCGCGGCUGGCACAGUUCUCCCGAAGACGUGUAUUUCGUGCAACUCCCCAUCAUCCGACUAUUCUACUCCGGUCCAGCGAUGGUCGCCAUCUUUUUCGUCGUCUCCGGCUUCUCGCUCUCCUACAAACCACUUUCUUUGAUUCGCAAAGGGCGAUAUGAAGAAGUGCUGGAUUCGCUGUCUUCGUCUGUGCUGAGGCGAGGAUUGAGGUUGGUGAUCCCGCCGGCCUUCGUUACGUUCUUCAGCAUGCUGUUCGCCUACUUGCAUUUCUACGGUUCCGGUCGUGACAGUCGAGAACCGCCUCAGUCUCCUUUCUUCUGGGAGCAUCUGAAAUCGUGGUACUUUAGCGUCAUUGGGCUAUCUGACCCUUUUCGCCCGAACAACUUUCCCGGAGGAUAUCAACCAGUCUACGAUCCAAAUCUGUGGACGAUCCCCGUGGAACUCCACGGCUCGAUGGUGAUCUUCACCACUUUGCUCGGUCUCUCGCGAGUCCGAGGGCCAUGGCGUGUGGGCUUGCUCUGCGGCAUCGUAUUCUACACAAGCUACUACGCCCACUCACACCUCUUCCUCUUCCUCUCUGGCGUCCUUCUCGCCGAGCUCCACCACGCGCGCGAAGCCCGCUCCCAGGCCCCCAAAUCCCCAACCGUCGAAGACCCAGCCAGCUGCAGCACUCUCGCGCCACCGGCCCCCCCGCCGGCGAGCCCGCGCUGGACCGGCACGCACGUCUUCUGGCUCCUGAACCUCGUCCCCGCGCUCUGGGUCCUGAGCAUGCCGCCCAUCGACUUCGGCGGGGCCCAGUCCCCGGGCUACAUGACCCUGUCCGCGUACCUGCCCUCGCACUACGCGGACAUCCCGAUGGUGAAGGACACGUUCUGGGUCUUCGUCGCCGCCUUCUACCUCGUCUUCAUCCUCGACGCCGCGCCCUUCCUGCAGUCCGUCUUCACGACGCGCUUCGCGCAGUACCUGGGCAGGAUCAGCUUCGCGCUGUACAUCUGCCACGGCACCUUCCUGUACACGCUCGGCUGGAACCUGAGCGAGCGGACCCUCAGCUGGACGGGCAAGGACGGCGAGUGGGAAAAGGCCGUGGGCAUCGCGUUGGCCGGGUGCGUCAUGUACCCGCUGCUGUUUUGGACGGCGGACGUGGUGGCGAGGGAGGUGGACGCGAGGAGUGUGCGGUGGGCGAGGUGGCUGCAGGAUAGGAUAUCGGUGGGCUGGUAA